CUGUGUUGGUUUUUGACAAAGAGAAAACGUUUUUGAUUACAGUAUCUGAUAAUAUUCCUCACAUAAAAUCAUCAUAAAAUCUAGUCAUAUUACAAUGAGUUCCAUAGCAAGCGUACCUUUUACAGUUCACCUCUUUCAGUUCUUUAGGUCCCUUACCCUCAUUACUUCUGAAGUUGCAUGAAGCCCUCAUUUGUUACCUACAGCAGGACUGUCCGAAUCGCCUAUGAUUUGUAUGUAUUUUCUACACUGAAUUCUGUACAAUCGUUUGAGCUCUCUCAAGAAACAGUUUGAGAAUAUUUUCUUUGACGGUAUCAUGGGUCCUGUCAGGGAACACACGAAACUGUUGGACAUCUUUUUCUCGUAGCAGCAAAUGUUUAUCAACAAUUGAUCAACAAUGACAUCAAGCAAGGAAGAGCAGGCGGUUUUCACCUUCGCUAAUGCUUUGAAUGUGAUCAAAUUAAAGCACCGACCUCCUCUCAUAAAUUUUCCAGAAAUGUGGUAUCAGAUUUUCCUGUGGGCACUUUUCUCCUCUGUUUUUGUACACUUGAUAGCUGCGGUGAUAGCUUUCACAACUCUAAGGAAGCAUCGCUUUGGCAAGUUUUUCCCGGUCUUCAUUUUAAGUUUGGGAAUAUUUGCUCCAAUGACUUCUGGUGUGGUUAGCAGUGCAUCUAUUGCGUUUGUUUACCGUGCAGCUACUAUGGAAAUGAUGCCAUUGUAUGCUUUGUUCUGGGGUGUAGGUCAAACUUUAGUCUCUGCAGCUGUUGGUUUCACAAGAAUACUAGCUACCCUGUAAGUGAGUAACUGUUCACCAACAAAAGGUGGACAACUUUGUCUAUUAAUGUCGGCAGCUGUGCUCUUUUUGAAAACUAAUACAAGUAAAUGAGAGUGUGAGCUUUCUCGAUUUUAAAGCUCUGUGAAUUGAAGCUUUUACUUACCCUGAGUCCUUUGAUAAACGUUUGUUCACAGCUUUGUCAGAAUGAGUGUUUCUAUUUGAGAAUUAUACUUGUACCUGCAUAAAUUUUUUUCUCAUUCUAAGUAAGCACUCACAGUGUUAUACUUAUUUGUAUUUUUAGUCGAGUCAUCUAAUUUUUUCUGUGUAAGGAAAAAAUGUACAUAUACCUAAGAAUUGUUAAUUUUUUUGUUCACAUACGUUGUAAAAUAAAUGUAUCUCUCAGUUGAAGCAUUUAA